AUGGGUGGUUCUAAAAUGACAUUAGUGCCCUCUCACACUGUUAAACUGACUUUGGGUGUGUUGGUAGUAGUGAUGUUAAUGCAUUUGAAGUGUUUAGAAGCACAACAACAGCAGUUAGUGGAGGGGCUUUCUUGGAAAUUCUAUGAAAGUAAGUGUCCAAAGUUGGAAUCAAUUAUUAGAAAGCAAAUGGUGAAGGUGAUCAAGAAGGAUGUUGGUCUUGCUGCUGCUCUUUUGAGACUUCAUUUCCAUGAUUGCUUUGUUCAGGGUUGCGAUGGCUCGGUGCUAUUGGAUGGAUCAGCAAGCGGCCCGGCUGAUAGUGAGAAAACCGCACCACCAAACCUACGUUUGAGGGGGUUCGAUGUCAUCGAGGAUCUUCGUCGUAGGGUUCACAAACAAUGUGGUGCGGGUAGUGUCUCGUGUUCGGAUAUCACUGCCAUUGUUGCACGGGACACAAUUGUCUUGACUGGUGGUCCAAAGUACAACGUUCCUCUAGGUCGAAGAGAUGGACUCACAUUUGCCACAAGAAACGCAACCCUUUCCAAUCUUCCAUCACCAUUCGUCCCAGUCGACAAGCUACUCCCCGACUUCGCAGCCAGAAACUUCGACGCCACUGAUGUCGUGGCCCUAUCCGGGGCCCACACCAUCGGUGUCGCCCAUUGCACAUCCUUCACACAACGCCUUUACCCUACACAGGACACAACCAUGGACAAAACCUUUGCCAGCACCCUCAAGCGCGUAUGCCCAACCGCCACCACCAAUGCCACCACGUCCUUAGACGUUCGCUCUCCAAACACGUUCGACAACAAGUACUUUGUCGACCUCAUGAACAAACAAGGCGUUCUGACACCGGACCAAGACUUGUACACCGACAAACGGACACGAAGCAUUGUCACUAGCUUUGCGGUUAAUCAAACAUUGUUUUUCGAGAAAUUCGUCAACGCUAUGGUAAAAAUGAGCCAAAUGCAAGUGCUGACCGGCACACAAGGGGAGAUUCGCAACAAUUGUUCCAGGCGAAACGCAAACACAUACGACCCGCUCAUAUCGACUGUCGUCGGUGACGCUGACGUGGACAGCGCACAAAGCUUCUAACGCUUUCAACUUUGAACCAAUAAAUAUAUCGUUAGAAUGUUUUAUGAUAAUAUGAUGUACUGGCACUUGAUGGAAACUAAUAACGGGUGGAAUCGUAUGUGAUAU